AUGGCCAAGAUCACUUCUGUCAAGUAUUACCGUGUUAAGCCGCGAUGGCUGAUGGUCAAGGUCGUUGAUGAGAAUGGACAGUAUGGAUGGGGUGAAGCUACGCUUGAGGGACAUGAUCUUGCUGUUGAGGGAUGUUUGGAUGAGAUGAUUCCACGGAUUAUUGGACAGGAAGCAAAUGAUAUCGAAAACAUCUGGCAAACCUUCUGGCGUCAUGGGUUCUACCGCGGCGGGCCAGUAUUCAUGUCAGCCAUUUCAGGCAUUGACAUCGCAUUAUGGGAUUUGAAAGGUCGCAAUUUGAAGGUACCCAUCUACGAGCUUCUCGGCGGCAAGGUCCGCAACAAAGUCCAAGUGUACUGCUGGAUCGGCGGUGAUAGACCAUCAGAUAUCGAAGCAGCUGCAAAGAAGCGCCUUGAGCAAGGUCUCACAUGCGUCAAGAUGAACGCCACAGAAGAUCUAGGCUGGAUUGACUCCCCGUCCGCCCUCGACAGCACCGUCGAGCGCCUCAAACAGGUCAAGGCAUUAGGUCUCGACGCGGGUCUUGACUUUCACGGAAGGUGUCAUAAAGCAAUGGCGAAGCAACUUGCACGAGCUCUUGAACCUCACAGACCUCUUUUUAUCGAGGAACCUAUUCUCGUCGAACAUCCCGAGGCUAUCAAGAAGCUAUCUGACCAAACAGUCAUCCCGAUUGCCUUCGGUGAGCGCUUGUAUACACGAUGGGAUAUUAAGCGAUUCCUGGAAGAUUCAAGCGUGGAUAUUCUACAACCUGACAUCGCGCACGCAGGCGGUAUUUCUGAAACGAAGCGUAUAGCUACUAUGGCUGAAGCUUAUGAUGUCGCGAUUGCGCCUCACUGUCCGCUUGGACCUGUUGCAUUUGCUGCUUCGGUUCAAGUAGCGUUGUCAUCACCGAACUUUGCCAUUUUGGAGAUGAGCUUGGGUAUGCAUUACAACACGGAGGCCGGAGAUAUUGAUCUCUUGACGUAUCUCAAGAAUCCGAGUGUUUUUGAUCUAGAAGGCGGUCACGUCAAGGCUCCGACGGGGCAUGGCUUGGGAAUUGAGAUUGAUGAGGAGAUGGUGGCUAGGAUUGCGAAGAAGACGGAACCAUGGCAGUCCAGUGAUCAAAUCCUUCGGUCGCAACAUGCCAUCGGUCUGGUGUCGUUCUCCGACAUCCCACGAAAGCACAUGAAAUCUGGGAUGAGUGACAAAACCUUGGAAGUAUUGGUCUACGGCCUUGGAGCGAUCGGCUCGUUUUAUGCCUUCAUUCUGAGCCGUAGUGAACAUGUUCACUUGACCGUUGUCGCCCGAUCGAAUUUUGAAGUCGUUGCUGCGAAUGGUAUCUCGAUUGACAGCCAGAAUCAUGGCAAACACCACGUGAAACCUCACAAGAUCUUUCGAACUGUCGCCGAAGCUAAUCAAAAGUUCGACUUCAUCAUCUGCACGAACAAAGCAGUCGAUCAGCUCAGCACUGCUGCUGAUAUUGCUCCCGGCGUUGGCGAUAACACCUCAAUUGUCAUCAUCCAGAACGGUGUUGGCAAUGAGGAUGCAUUCCGUGAAAAGUUCCCGAGUGCAACCAUCAUCUCAUGCGUGACUUGGGUGGGCGCAAGGCAGCCAGAGCCUGGGUUCAUAAAUCAUACGACAUCCGAGGAUAUGCAAGUUGGGUUGUACCCAAACAAAGCGGGCGACGCAUCACAAGAUACCCAACGUCUCGCUCAAUUUGAAUCACUUCUGUCUAUCGGAAAAACCAUCUUCCAGAUCGUUCCCAACAUCCAGGUUCAGCGAUGGGAAAAGGUCGUUUGGAACGCAGCGUGGAACUCACUUACUGCCCUUACACUUAUGGACACGCAUGCCUGGCUCAGCUCAUCCGACCUGUCGACUCCCAUGACAAGAAAACUAAUGAAGGAGGUCAUUGAUGUUGCGAAUGCGCUUGGUGUUCCUUUGGGGUAUGAACUAAUCGAUAGGCUUCUGGAGAAGAUCUUGGCGAUGCCGCCUAUUGGGAGCAGUAUGAGGACGGAUUAUGAAAAUGGUAAGCCGAUGGAGGUUGAGGUCAUUUUGGGAUAUCCUGUUAGGAAGGGGAGAGAGCUUGGUGUCGAUGUUGCGACGAUUGAGACGUUGUACACGAUCUUGUUGGCCAUUAACAAGCGACUCAUAAGCGCGCAGGGUAAAUGA